GCUGGUAGUUACAUAUAUAUACAGAGCAGGUGUUAAGUGCUAAUGGACUUUCAUCAAGCACAUCAAUGUACAGAGUUCUGGUCGAGGUUUGCACCUUUGUAUAAUACCCUUACAUACAGUACGUUGUUUUUCUACUUAGUGUAGUUAUUGUAGUCCCACCUCUGUCGAAGUUACUACUACUCCUCAAAUGAUAAUUUAUAGUUACACAAUGAAUUACCAUGGAAACCUUACACUUGACACCAGUAAUUUGAUAUGUUGUAUAAAGAUAAUCCUCAAUGGAAUUAAUUAUCAAGAUGUACGUUAGCGUAAGGAGACUGUGAAAUAUAAACAGAAAAGGAACGGUUUAUGUCGUUGUUGACAAAGCUAAUAUGACAACUCUACAUGAUAUAAACGGAGGAAAGAUGAUCACAGAAAGUGAGAUACCGCGAUUGAGUCGGUAUGCAACGUCAUCAAAACCUUCAAGAAAUGAUCUUCACUCAAGAAGUGCUAGCUUUCCCCAACGUUCAAGCAAAAGUCCUUUUUUUGUACGACACAAUCCUCAUCCUAAACGCGUCAUGCAUCUUAAAGGAUUGUUGGAUAUACCCAUAUGUACAGUUAUAGACAGUGGUGCUCAUGAAGAUCCUUCGAGAUUUUUGGUUAGAACACCAGCCUAUCCAAGCGGCGCUAUGAGGCAAUUUCAUGGCUUGCGAAUGCCUUUAAAUUCUUCAUCGUUUGUGUACUGCAGAGAAAAGGCAUUGCCCGGAAUCGGUCUUGUUCCAAUAACACAAACGUGGCGAGAGGAAUUGACGAAAUUAACACAGGCAGUAGGUUUGAGAAAACGACGGAGAUUCGUAAAUAAAACAGAUUUGUGGUUGCCCCCUAAAACAACACAAUCAAAAGAUCAACAAAUUCCUUCAAGAGAUGGACGCAAUGGAACGCAAUCGGCGACAGGAAACGAAGAGAAGUCAAACACUUCAGUUAAUCAAAAAGAUAUCAAGUUAGAAACAAAAGAAUAUGCGAUUCAGCAAGAUAGGCCUAUGGAACACACUAUCUCCGAUGCAGAACAAGAAGGAUGGGUUAUGGAGACGCUAUGUAAUAUUUUACAAACCGACUCAAUAACAGCUGUGCAGUCGUGGUUAGUAAACGCUCCUCACAGAGAAAAAGAAAUUGUUCUUGAUAUGAUACGUGCACUAUCCACAUCUGAUAAUGAUUUUCGUCAAAGUUAUGAACAAAUGAUUUGUUCACCUGUUUAUGAAGAUCAAUUGCUACAACACGAAAGCUCCUUGGACCUAGAUGCUAUAAAAGAAUACAACAAAUCCCGCAAUGUUGAAAUUGAGAUAAAUAAAGAAGUACAGGAUGAAAAACUCGACAGUCCUACACGUAAAGAAAUGUCAAAAACAAAGAGACUGGGAACUAGCAACAGUGUGAAAUCAAAAAAUGAAUGGAUCGCUAGUGAACUAAAACCCAGUUCUCUAUUUAAAACAAAAGUUGACGUGUCUGAUUCCGAGAUUGAAGAAAUACGCAAUAAACUUGAAUCACGCUGCUCACCACGGGUUUUCUCACAUCAGAAUCGCACGCUCCCUUCCCGGCAUUCUUCACGUGGAACGUCACAACAAAGUGUUUACGUUCCUCCAUCCCAAUCCCUUGAAGCAGUUGCGCAGAGACCGCCUAGUCACCAGUCCAUCAAGUCGCAGCAAAGUGUUUUAAAAAGCAUUUUGGAAUAUAAGCCUGAAAAGGAAUGACUAUUAAGCCAGCUGCCCUAAGAGUCGAAAGAGGAAAGAAGGAAAGAUGCUAAUUUUCUUUUCAAAUUUGACUAUAAUCAAUUAUAAAGAAUGCCACCGAAGUCGUACCCGAAAGUUGAUAUUCGAAACAAAGAUGAAGGAAUAGUUGUGGGAAGAAUUGAAGGAGAACUGAACAGAAGUAAGGUAGAAAAAGAAACCCACUAUUCCGACGGUAGAAACAAGUGUCAAAAAUACGAGAUAAAAUUACAAAAUUUGGAUAGUCAAAUGGUCGGACAUACUAUUGUUUAUGUAGAAGAAUGGCAAUAAAAUGGUAGGAAGAUGUUUUGUGGCAUUUGUAAA